AGACCCGGAUCUUCCAUCCACAAGUCACAAGACUCACAACCUAAUUGAGAAGUUGAACCUGAGGGGCUGAAACCCUCCCCAAGGCAUUUUCCCUCUCGCCCGUUUGUGGCAGGGGUUGAAGCCAUCUCUCUCCGUCAUACUGAGCGUGGCCACAUUUAACUCCUUUCGAUGAUCAGAGACUCUCAUGGCGCCACCGCCACGGCCACUGCCACGGCCACUGCCACUGCCACCGAAACCUCCUUCUUUUAACGUCUGAAAACAAAUCUGCAGGGUUCUUUCUCCAUUUCUGUCAUCUAUGGAUUUGAGAAGAAUCGCUACUUCCAUAGAGCCCAAACAUACACCUCUGGUCUUAUCCUUCAUCCGUUGCUCGUCUCGCGCCACCUCUACCUCUCAACAGCAAUAUCCUCAACAACAACAACCGCUACCGCCGCCGCCGCCACCAUACGAUCGGAGUAUUCUAAAUAAGGUAGCUUCAAUCCUUUCAAACAAGUCUCUCGAUACCUCCAAAUGUAGAGAAGUCCUCUGUCAUUUGUCACCACAUCAUUUCGAUCGUCUCUUCUUUGACAUGCGAGACUCUGUGAACCCUAAGACUGCACUGAAUUUCUUCACAUUUGCAUCUCAAUCACUUGGUUUCCGUUUCACGGUCAGAUCUUAUUGCCUUCUAAUUAGUCUGCUUGUUGGAUCGAAUACCAUUGUGCCCGCCCGGUUGCUUUUGAUCCGUUUAAUAGAUGGAAAUGUGCCUGUUAUAUUUGACAAUCGAAAUGACAGGCAUCUUGAGAUUGCCCGGGCAAUUGCUGGUUCGAGUUCGACAACUUCGGUGUUUGAUUUGCUAGUUCAUGUAUACUGCACGCAAUUUAAGAAUUUGGGAUUGGGGAUUGCGUUUGAUGUGUUUCAGUUGCUGACGGGUCACGGUCAGUUUCCAUCUUUGAAGACAUGUAAUUUCCUGUUGGGUUCGCUUGUGAAGGCGAAUGAACUCGAGAGUAGUUAUGAGGUUUUUAGGAUAAUGUAUAAAGGUCUCUCAUUUGAUGUUUACUCAUUUGGAAUUGCAAUUAAUGCAUUCUGCAAGGCUGGGAAAAUUGAAGAAGCUACCAGGUUGUUUUUGAAAAUGGAGGAGUCGGGAAUAUCUCCCAAUGUAGUUAUCUAUAAUACAGUUAUUGACGGGUUCUUGAAGAAAGGAAAUUUAGAGGAGGCUUUUAGCUUCAAGGAGAAAAUGGUUAACAGUGGUCUGAGCCCUAGCCUUAAAACUUACGGUAUUUUCAUAAAUGGUCUGAUGAAAUCUGAGAGGUUUGAGGAUGUAAGCUGCAUUUUAAGGGAAAUGUCAGAGAAGGGAAUUUCUCCAAAUGAAGUUAUUUAUAACACAAUAAUUGAUGGGUACUGCAAAGUAGGGAAUUUUGAGGAAGCUUCAAAAAUAAGGGUCGUGAUGGUGUCCAAGGGGAUCUAUCCAAAUUCAGUAACUUACAAUUCACUUAUUAAAGGUUUAUGUAAGGUUGGUAAGAUGGAACAAGCUGAGAGAAUUUUGGAGGAGAUGUUAUCUGGAGGGGUUUCCAUAAAUCCUUUUGCCUUUAAUUCAGUUAUCCACUGGCUAUGCAUGGAAUCUAGGUUGGAUACUGCGUUUUAUCUCUUUAGGGAGAUGGUGCUGAGGAAUUUAAGACCCAAUGAUGGGAUUCUGACAAAGCUGGUCAGUGAGCUUUGUAAAGGGGGGAAGCAUUCUGAGGCAAUCAAUGUUUGGUUUAAGCUAUUGGAGAAAGGGCUUGGAGCCAAUACAGUAACCUCAAAUGCUUUGAUUCAUGGGCUCUGUCAGUGUGGUAAUAUGCAAGAGGCAGUUAGACUUCUGAAAGAGAUGUUUGAGAGAGGACUGACACUGGAUAGGAUCACAUACAACACACUCAUCUCGGGGUGUUGCAAGGAGGGGAAGUUGGAAGAAGGGUUUAAGCUAAAGGAAGAUAUGGUUAAGCAAGGAUUUAAACCAGAUAUCAUCACAUAUGGUGCACUGUUACAAGGACUAUGUCAUACAGGCAAAAUAAAUGAAGCUAUUGGUCUUUGGGAUGAGUGCAAAAGAGAUGGCUUGGUGCCUGAUCUUUCAAUGUACAGCAUCAUGAUAGAUGGAUUUUGCAAAUCUAAGAGAGUUGAAGAAGGGCAAAGUCUCUUCAAUGAAUUGGUUAACCAAAAGCUGGAGCUGAAUUCUGUUGUAUAUAAUACCUUAAUUGGAGGAUACUGUAGAAACAAAAAUAUAUUGGAGGCCAUUAGGGUUUGCAAUGAAAUGAGGAAUAAGGGUAUCAAACCAACUGUUAGGACAUACUACUCAUUAAUACAUGGGAUGUGCAAAGUUGGCCAGGUUGAGGAAGCUAAGGACCUUCUUGAUGAGAUGAGAAAAGAAGGCUUGACACCGGAAGUUUUCUGUUACACUUCGCUGAUUGAUGGGUAUUGUAAGUUAGGCAAGGUGGACAGAGCUAGUAACAUUUUGCUGGAAAUGACUGCAUACGGAAUAGCUCCAAAUAAGUUUACUUACACUGUUAUGAUUAAUGGAUAUGCUAAGAUGGGUGACAUGCAACAAGCAGCCAAGAUUCUAGGGACGAUGGUGGAGAAUGGUGUUGUUCCAGAUAUUGUGACAUAUAACAUAUUGACAUACGGAUUCAUCAAAGGAGGGAAAAUAGAAGAGGCUUUCAGAAUAUGUGAUCAGAUGAUGCAAAGAGGCAUUACGUUGGAUGAAAUUACGUAUACCACAUUGGUUCAUGGUCUGUGUAGUUCAGGCUUUUCAAGAGAAGCUACUCUAAUAUCAGAAGGUAUUAUCAAGCGGGGUCUGCUUCCAGAGAAUGCUAAGCCAAUUCAGUCUAUUAAUGAGCCUUCCAAACUUGAGUAACAAUCUCUGAGUAAAAUCUUGACCUGCUAGUGGAAUACAAGGAUUUGCUAGAUUUGGAAUUUCAGAUCUAUGUUAACAGUCUCAGUGGGUUCUCAGGCAGCAGCAGAGGUUGAUUUCUAAAGCUAAAGAUGAACUUCUGCAAAAUAACUCCUUGCAAGGAAGCCCCAUUUUUUAAGUGGCAUUUUCUUGUACUCAGGUCUGCAUCAAAUAUUUGGUUGCACUACUGAGUAAAAAGGCAAGUUGUUUCUUGACCUUGCAUGGGUUCUGGCUACAGAAGUAUCCUGUUUAUGACUAGAUCUUUGCUUCUAUGAGGCUGUAGGAUGGACAACCAUCGUACAUCUGGUUGUGCUUCUGCUACUGCUGCCACCAUGCCACUACUACUACCUUUAUUUUGAGCAAGUCCAGGGAUGGGGGAUCUGUUUGGCAUCUCAACAAAGAUGGCAAAGUUAUAUCUGCUGUAUUGAUUCAUAUUGUGACCUCAAAAAUUGCAAACAUGUGGAAGAGGCAACUAUUAUAUGACGAGGAAGAAGAUCACUUCUUUUUUACUCAUUUAAGCCUAAGAUUGGAAGAAAAGUGUGUUGCAGUGUAUAUCUCGACCAAACUGCAAGGUAUUUGAUUAAAGCAAGAAAUGUAUGUGUUCCAAUAAUGAUUGGUGGUUGAUCUGUCUAUCCAAAUUGUAAUUCCACAAGUUGCUACAUUAUUCUCUUUGUUUUCAUUUCUUUGCAUUUUGGGAAAGGCAAAGAUUUUAAGAUGUAGAAGGAAGAUCUUAGUUUACCAUGCAGUGUAAUGCCCUGCUGUUGGGAAGUGUAUAAUGAAAAAAAUGUCAUUCUUUUACUGCCUUAAUCGGAAUGGGAUAAACAACUCUUGGGGUAGCAGCAGGGCACAUGUUUACGGUUUA